UCGAAUUCAAGCGACCGCUUUCUCUCCACUGUCUCUCGCUCUCUCUCUCUCGCUUUGAGCAUGAGAAUUUCCAAAAGCGUGAAGGUUAGUUUUUCGCCGGAAAUGGCGAAUCCGGGAUCGAGUUCCCGGACCAGGGGACGCGAGACCCUGAUUGGGGCAUCAAAGUUGGGAUUUUUAUUCCUCUGCAUCCUCUGCGUCGGCGCCGCUACUAGAGUGGCUGUUCCCGCCGCCGCCGAGGCUCUGGCCGUUGCUUUCCCUGGCUACCGGGCCGCACUCCGUUCCUGGCUCGCCCCGCCUUAUCUCUUCGUCGCCGUCCAUCUCAUCAUCUUUGUCAUCUGGAAGCUCUCCGACAAGAAGCAGCAACCACGAGAGCAUUGGGCGGCGGAGUCGAGGAUAGUGGACUUCGGGAACCCUAAAAAGUCUACAUUUUUGGGAUCUCCUCCCGUCGCUGGGAUUUCUGUGAAACCCUCACCGGACAUCUCGCCCCUCGGGACGAUUCCAUCAUCGGCGGCGGCUGUUGCCGCGUCGGAUCCCACUGAAAGAUCUCCAUCGGAUGUGUCUUGCCUCACAACGGAGUCCGAUGCGGUGCGCGUAGUUUCAUCGGCGGUCAUCAACAAAAGGGGCGUCGAAGAGGAGUCCAAGAGCAGCGUCAAAAAGGUGGAAGAGGGUUACGAGGCGGCGGCGAUAGCGAACGAGGCGAUCACGGGGAAGACGCCUCGCUCUCCAGCGACGCCACGCCACGAAGAAGCAAAGCAACCAGCGGCGGCUCCCUCGCCGUCAGCCACCGACGAAUUCAACCGGCGAAUCGAUGAUUUCAUCAAAAAGAACCGCGAGCAGAUCCGGCUUCUUAAUGGCCGGUGACGGCCUAGGAGAUCGAUCGACGAAUAAAUAAUUUAAAACACAAACUUUAUCUUUAUCUUCUUCAUUGCUCUUCAAAACCCUCUCAAAGAAACCUUCUAAUGGCGGAAGGAGACAAAAGGUCCAACUUCUCAGGUAAUCACUGUGCUCCUUUACCUUUGCCCGCCGCUAGAGAUUUUGCUACUUUAAGCAGACAGAAUCAACAUCGCUCGCUGACAAUUAAUCUUCUCUGUCUCCUGUCUGUCCUCGUUCUUCGAUUACCAAGCACAUGAUAGUUUUAUGGGUCUUCCUCCUUUUGGUUCUACAGGUUCUUCCUGGAAUGUUGGACUUGUUCUUGGUUUGAUGUAGCUGAUUCAACUGCCAAAUGACAUGAUCUGGUAGAAGAAUGUUUUUUUUUCCUUUUGGUUUUCCUGUUAGCUUAGUGUUUGAUAUAGGCCUGCUUAUUGAUGAAGUCUUUGUGUUCUGAUAGUCCUAUACUGUGCAUGUAGUCUGUCUGCUGUGUUAAUGCCAUGAGCUUUCUUGUUUGAUCAAUUCUGUGCAUGCUGUAGCAUAAUUUGCAUUGUGCUUCAAGUAGAAAAGUCGAUAGAAAA